GGCGAGGGGGGCUAGAAAGAGUCCCCUGAACCCCUCUGGUGGGAAGGAGGACCCCUUCUUCAAAGGCUGACGGAGCCAGUACAGCUGGAAGGAAAAGCACUGCAAACAGGGAGCGCUUGAAGCGCAGCCAGAAGAGCUCCAAAGUGGAGGGCCCGGAGCCGGGGCCGGCCGAGGCUUCGCUGAGUGCCGAGCAGGGGACGAUGACGGAGGUGAAGGUGAAGACAGAGCUACCUGAUGACUACAUCCAGGAGGUGAUCUGGCAGGGCGAGGCCAAGGAGGAGAAGAAGGCUGUCAGCAAGGAUGGGACCGGCGAUGUACCUGCAGAGAUCUGUGUGGUGAUCGGCGGGGUCCGCAACCAGCAGACCCUUGAUGGAAAAGCACCCGAAGGCAGCCUCCAUGGUGGAUCUUUGCGAAGCCGGUAUUCAGGGAGCUGGAUUUUUGACCAAGCAAUGAAAUAUGCAUCUGGGUCUUAUGAGUGUGGCAUCUGUGGCAAGAAGUACAAGUAUUACAACUGCUUCCAGACUCAUGUCCGGGCACACCGUGACACUGAAGCCACGUCGGGGGAGGGAGCCUCCCAAAGCAACAAUUUCAGGUACACCUGUGACAUCUGUGGGAAGAAGUACAAGUACUACAGCUGUUUCCAGGAGCACCGGGACCUGCACGCGGUAGAUGUGUUUAGUGUGGAAGGGGCCCCCGAGAAUCGGGCAGACCCAUUUGACCAAGGUGUCGUGGCCACAGAUGAGGUGAAGGAGGAACCCCCAGAGCCAUUUCAGAAAAUCGGGCCAAAAACUGGCAAUUACACCUGCGAGUUCUGUGGAAAGCAGUACAAGUACUAUACACCGUACCAGGAGCACGUGGCCUUACACGCCCCCAUCAGUACCGCCCCCGGGUGGGAGCCGCCAGAUGAUCCAGACACGGGUUCUGAGUGUUCGCAUCCAGAGGUCACCCCAUCUCCACGCUUCGUGGCAGCGAAGACCCAGACGAACCAGUCAGGGAAAAAAGCUCCGGCCUCCGUGGUUCGAUGUGCCACCCUCUUACACCGAACCCCUCCAGCCACCCAAACUCAGCCGUUCCGCACUCCAAACUCGGGAUCUCCAGCCAGCAAGGCAACCGCAGCAGAAAGCGCUUUCAGUAGAAGAGUAGAAGGCAAAGCACAAAACCACUUUGAAGAGACCAACAGCAGUUCUCAGAACUCCAGCGAGCCCUACACGUGCGGCGCCUGCGGCAUCCAAUUCCAGUUCUACAACAACCUGCUGGAGCACAUGCAGUCCCACGCAGCCGACAAUGAAAACAACAUCACCUCCAACCAGUCCCGAUCUCCACCUGCCAUCGUGGAAGAGAAGUGGAAACCUCAGGCCCAGAGGAAUAGUGCCAACAACACCACAAGCAGCGGUCUACCACCCAACAGCAUGAUCCCGGAGAAGGAGCGGCAGAACAUUGCAGAGCGGCUGCUGCGGGUCAUGUGUGCCGACCUGGGGGCGCUGAGCGUGGUCAGUGGGAAGGAGUUCCUCAAGUUAGCGCAGACCUUGGUGGACAGCGGUGCCCGCUACGGGGCCUUCUCAGUCACCGAGAUCCUGGGCAACUUCAACACGCUAGCACUGAAGCACUUGCCUCGCAUGUACAACCAAGUGAAGGUGAAGGUAACCUGUGCCCUGGGCAGCAAUGCCUGCCUGGGCAUCGGCGUCACCUGCCACUCGCAGAGCGUCGGUCCCGACUCCUGCUACAUCCUCACGGCCUACCAGGCUGAGGGCAACCACAUCAAGAGCUAUGUGCUGGGCGUGAAGGGCGCGGACAUCCGUGACAGCGGCGACCUGGUGCACCACUGGGUGCAGAACGUGCUGUCGGAGUUCGUCAUGUCGGAGAUCCGGACAGUGUACGUGACAGACUGCCGGGUGAGCACGUCGGCCUUCUCGAAGGCCGGCAUGUGCCUUCGCUGCUCGGCCUGUGCCUUGAACUCGGUGGUGCAGAGCGUGCUGAGCAAGCGGACGCUGCAGGCCCGCAGCAUGCACGAGGUCAUUGAGCUGCUCAACGUGUGUGAGGACCUGGCAGGCUCCACGGGCCUGGCCAAGGAGACCUUUGGGUCCCUGGAGGAGACGUCGCCACCGCCCUGCUGGAACUCAGUGACGGACUCCCUGCUGCUGGUGCAUGAGCGCUACGAGCAGAUCUGUGAAUUCUACAGCCGGGCUAAGAAGAUGAACCUCAUCCAGAGCCUCAACAAACACCUGCUGAGCAACCUGGCCGCCAUCCUGACACCUGUGAAGCAGGCGGUCAUCGAGCUGAGCAACGAGAGCCAGCCCACCCUACAGCUGGUGCUGCCCACCUACGUCCGGCUGGAGAAGCUGUUCACGGCCAAGGCCAACGACGCCGGGACCGUCAGCAAGCUCUGCCACCUCUUCCUAGAGGCGCUCAAAGAGAACUUCAAGGUGCACCCAGCCCACAAAGUGGCCAUGAUCCUGGACCCACAACAGAAGCUGCGGCCCGUGCCACCCUACCAGCAUGAAGAGAUCAUCGGCAAGGUCUGCGAACUCAUCAACGAGGUGAAGGAAUCCUGGACAGAGGAGGCUGACUUCGAACCCACUGCUAAGAAGCCCCGCUCCACGCCGGGUGAACACCCCACAGCUCAGGAGGACGACCGGCUAGGGAAGAACGAAGUGUACGAUUACUUGCAGGAACCCCUUUUCCAGGCCACCCCUGACCUCUUCCAGUACUGGUCAUGCGUGACCCAAAAGCACACAAAACUGGCCAAGCUUGCCUUCUGGCUGCUGGCCGUUCCGGCUGUGGGGGCUCGAAGUGGGUGUGUAAAUAUGUGUGAGCAGGCACUUCUGAUCAAAAGGAGACGGCUGCUCAGCCCAGAAGAUAUGAACAAGCUCAUGUUUCUGAAAUCCAACAUGCUUUAAGACGCAGCUUCAGAAAAUUAAACAAAAACAACUUAAAAAAAAAGACAAGAGAACGUUAGGGAAGGAAAAAUU